AUGCUGCAUUCCUCGCCAGAGUCCUUGCGCCGACGACUCGAAGAAAUUGAUGCUCAAACAAGUAGUCUGUAUGCUAAAAUAGCAACGCUUGCUGCUGAACGAAGUCAGGCCGUCGAACAACUGAAACGCGUCACGUAUCCCAUCCUCACGCUCCCUCCCGAACUUACCGCCAAGAUAUUCCUCCAUUACCAUGAAAGGCCUAUUGAUCUUUCGGAGCCGAAGCUUCCUGGCCCAUUUGUCCUGGCUAGUGUCUGUCGACAAUGGCGCGGCAUUGCGCUUCGCCUGCCUGGUCUUUGGAAACGACUGACCACUUCGCCCGCAGACUCUGACUCUGACUCUGACUCGGAGUCAGAAGCGAGUGCGACAGUGCCGAAAACUACUCUGGAGCGUCGUUUCAGGCUCUGUGAGUCCAGUAUGCGUCACGUUGGGAAGCAUGUUGGCCUUGAAAUCGAGUGUAGGGGUCCUGAGUCCCUUCUUCCUGCCCUCCUUGCCAUGUCGGAUCAAUGGGAAAAAAUGGACGUCUGUGAGGAAGCCUUGUUGGAUGCUGCACUUCAUUCGGGCGGGGCUCGGCAUAGCUUGGCCCGUCUGCGUCGUCUCGCAUACCGGACACUGGACUCAGACCCGGAUGGAAGGCUUUUGAAUGACGACUUCGAUGCAAGUGUCACGUUCUCCCCACUCCUCAUACUCGAAAACGCGCCGUCUUUGGAACACGUGGAACUCGUCGGGAUGAACUCAACCAUACUUUCUCUCCCGUGGGCUCAACUCAGGUCACUCACUUUGUCCUAUGUCGGCGUCAAUACAGUAGCGUGUUUAUUCAUUCUUCGAAAAGCGCCUCUUCUCGAAAACCUUACACUAUUAGAGCUGGAGGGCUACGCACCUCUCAAUGAUGCUACGAAGCUACAACUUGAUCACCUUCGGUCACUUACAGUUGUGGCCCAGACGAACUCUGAUCACCGAGCAAAUACCGUUGCCCUCCUCAGCCUCCUGGUUGUUCCUGCCUUGACUCAACUCUCAGUGGAAAUACUCUAUGCUGAUAUCGUUCUCGCCAUUCGGGAACUGCUCAUCCGAUCUGCACCACGCCUGGAGAACUUCAAGUUGACGAUCAAUGUUUUCUUGGGAAGCUCUCAGCAUCUGCGUCGAUUAUUGCCAAUGAGCCCUCCCCCCAUGGCUCCACAAGCUCGUCCUCGAUAA